AGAAAGGAGCAGGGGAGCCUGGGAAGUGAGGAUGACACAGAUAGCAAGUCCUAGUCGGAGCUGCCGCUACCUUUAGGAGAAACAGCAGUGUCUGCGGCUCCCAUUCUCCAAGGGGGCCCAUCGGGGUGGGGGCGGUGUCAGGGGCAUGGACGGCACCCCCCCCAGGGUCUCUGCUGCUGGCUACUCUCUUCUCCACGAGCUGAGUCCCUGGGUGACUAAGAAAGGACUUCAGACCUCUGUCUCUCCGGGCAGAUUGCAGCUCAGAGAGCUCCUCAGAGGAAGAAUUUGAAGCAAAAUCAGGCUGUCUCCAGGGGGAGAGCACCCAGGGAAAAUGGCGUGACACUAGAGCAGCAAUGAUCAUAGUUAGGCCUCCAGGGGCAUUUCCAAUGGGAAUGUCCUACUAUGGAAAUAUUCAAUCCUUGCUCGCUACAGCUUACAUUUCUUUCUCCUUGCCCCUCCAGGACCCCCGACGCCACCGAGGGGCCCCCGGCGGUCUCCAGGCUCGCUCUGUGCCUGCACUGAGGACGACGCCUGCAGCCUGUCGACGGUCGCCUGUCGCCCAGCGCUGUCAUGGCGCAAGAAAAUGCGGCCUUCUCACCGGGGCCGGAGGAGCCACCGCGGCGUCGCGGCCGCCAGCGCUACGUGGAGAAGGACGGCCGGUGCAACGUCCAGCAGGGCAACGUCCGCGAGACGUACCGCUACCUGACCGACCUGUUCACCACGCUCGUGGACCUGCAGUGGCGCCUCAGCCUCCUCUUCUUCGUGCUCGCCUACGCGCUCACCUGGCUGUUCUUCGGCGCCAUCUGGUGGCUGAUCGCCUACGGACGCGGGGACCUGGAGCACCUGGAGGACACGGCGUGGACGCCGUGCGUCAACAACCUCAAUGGUUUUGUGGCCGCCUUCCUCUUCUCCAUUGAGACCGAGACCACCAUCGGCUACGGGCACCGCGUCAUCACCGACCAGUGCCCCGAGGGCAUCGUGCUGCUGCUGCUGCAGGCCAUCCUCGGCUCCAUGGUGAACGCCUUCAUGGUGGGCUGCAUGUUCGUCAAGAUCUCACAGCCCAACAAGCGCGCCGCCACGCUCGUCUUCUCCUCUCACGCGGUGGUGUCCCUGCGCGACGGGCGCCUCUGCCUCAUGUUCCGCGUGGGCGACCUGCGCUCCUCGCACAUUGUGGAGGCGUCCAUCCGCGCCAAGCUCAUCCGCUCGCGCCAGACGCUGGAGGGCGAGUUCAUCCCGCUGCACCAGACCGAUCUCAGCGUGGGCUUCGAUACCGGUGACGAUCGCCUCUUCCUGGUCUCCCCUCUUGUCAUCAGCCAUGAGAUCGAUGCUGCCAGCCCCUUCUGGGAGGCGUCGCGACGUGCUAUGGAGAGAGACGACUUCGAGAUCGUGGUCAUCCUAGAGGGCAUGGUGGAAGCAACGGGAAUGACAUGCCAAGCUCGGAGCUCCUACCUGGUGGAUGAGGUGUUAUGGGGCCACCGCUUCACAUCAGUGCUGACCCUGGAGGAUGGCUUCUACGAGGUGGACUAUGCCAGCUUCCACCAGACUUUUGAAGUGCCCACGCCCUCAUGCAGUGCCCGGGAGCUGGCAGAGGCUGCAGCCCGCCUUGACGCCCAUCUCUACUGGUCUAUCCCCAGUCGGCUGGAUGAGAGGGUGGAGGAGGAGGGGGCAGUGGAAGGGGCAGGUGGGGAAGCUGACGCUGACAAGGAACAGAAUGGCUGCCUUCCACCCCCAGAGAGUGAGUCUAAGGUGUGACCAGUUUCCUCCAAACCCCUGUAGCAGACCAGGGGCCAGACACAGGUACAUAGGGAGCUGGGUGUUGGAGGUGGAAGAGGAGCCAGGUGAGGUCCCAGAGAAGGUGCUAAAGUUAGAGAGGUUCCUUGAGAACCUUGAGUCCAGAAUACAAGGGAAGGGAAGUUCCUUGAUUUGAGGAGAAUGGAAGAUGGGGAUGGGCAAACACACCAUCUCUCUGUGUUUGACCUUCGCCAUCUGUUCAUGGGUGGAUAGAUGGGCAGAAGGAUGGUAUUAUGGGGGUUAGAUGGGAAGAUGGUGACAAAAAGGCAACUGAUGGACAGGUAAAUGAACCAAUCAGUUGGUACCAUUUAUCUGGACAGCUGGUGCACUCAGGGCUGUAGCUACCAUAGCACACCUUUGUGCAAAUUCUAAAAAGGCAUCUUUUUCCUCCAGACACAUGCAGCCCCAAACCAGGAUGCUUGGCUUGAGGAACAGUGUGAGAUGGAAUGCAGUCCCCACUCACCUCCUCGGCAUCCUCUCUGUGUGUGACACACCUAUCUCAAAUGAAUGGAGUAGCCCAAGCCGAACCAGAGGAGAGAAAGCCAGACAGGUGCAGGCACAGAUGAGGACCACCCCCCAGCUCCACCCUCCCACUGGACAGACUCAGGAGGAGGUAACUUGCUGUGAGAGCUCAGCAAAUUUCAAUGGCCUUGGUACUCAGGUGUAGGACAACAGGCAGUGAGGACAGAUGCUGGAGCUGGGGCUCUGGAGCAGGUCCUGGGAGGGGGGAUCCAGGGGUGGCUAUUUUCUGACAAGAGAUAAGAUUUUGCGGGUACUACUGCAGAGGUAGGAUGGGAGAGAUUCAGAAGCAAAGGGCCAGGGGAGAGAUCUAGAAAGUGUUGUCCUGGAGAGAGAUGGUGGUUCUAGGGGAAGCAGAGUUUGUCCUUGAGGCAGUUAGGCAGAUUGUCCAAAUCACUGAUUGAGUGCUAGAUGCGGUAGACCUUCAAAGAUCUCAUUCCUAUAGCCAGAACACAGGACACAUGGAACGAGCACACAUACAGCUAUGGCAACCAAACCAGGUACCGUUGGCACAGAGAACCUAUGCUGUCUCUUGGAGCAGGGAGUGGGCGGCGUCUGGUGAUCAGAUAGUAGGAAUUGGGUCAGGCAGAGAGAAUGAUGAAAGGCCAAAGUUGUACAACUUUUCUGGGCAUUAGAAUCACCUGGCGGGCUUGUUAAAACGCAUAGUGAUGGGCCCCACUCCCAGAUUUCUGACUCAAUAGGUCUGGGGUGGAAACCAAAAAUGUGCAUGUCUAACAAGUUUCCAAGUCAUGCUGAUGCUGCUGGACUGGGAACCACACUUUAAGGGGUCAAAUAACCUGGGGAGUAGCUGAAAAGAAACUGAGACUCCUGGGGGAGCCGAGAAAUGUGAGAGGUAGAGUUUUGUGUAUGGGAAAAGAGACCCAAGCCCAGGCUAACGGGUUUAAUUUUGGGACUAGGGAUUCAGUGGGAACUGGUCAAUGACAAACUGAGGUGGUGUUUGGUAAGACAAAUGGGCAAGACACAUCGGACAAAGUAGUUGGAAGGAAGGCCUCUUGGAGACCCCUAAAGAGGUAAUGGGGAACUGAAGCAGAAAGGGCUUCAAAGGCAAAGGACCAAAUCCCUUGUAGAAUUGAAAAGGCAGAAGUGAACAUGGGAGGAAACGAGAGUCCAAACAUCUGGGUGUGUUGACUGCCUGCUGUCAGGCCCCCCGGAACAGGAAUCCCUGGAGAUGCACAGUCUCACCCCAGUCAUCCCAGGAUGGCAAGGGGAGAGCAAUGACAAGUUGAAAAAAAGGCAGAAGGUUGGUUGAGAGAACCUGAGGUUGGCUUCCUGGAGAAAAGUACCGCCCAGGCGAGCACACCCUGAAGGGACCUACCAGGACCUUCGUCUCCCAGCCUGACUGCUCCCCACUCACGUCUCUGAAUAACAAGUCUCAGCCCCUUGAGGGGAGGCAGACACCCUAGUCUGUUCCAUCUCAGGCUGGGAAGCCAGGAUCCCAGUGGCACUGCACCUUCCAGAGGCAAGAAGGAAGACCUAAGCCCCAUGCCUUCCCUUCAGUCUAGGCAUGGGUGUCUGCCUUGGGUCCCAGGGCCACCUGGGUCACCUUCAGUCAGAGACAAGGUCCUAGAAUGCUGAUGACAGCUAUUCUCCCAAGAAUAGAUAUUGGGGUAGGGGAUGGGGAGCACUCUGGGUUUAAUUCAGUGGAACAGGUGAAGUCUCUAGUGGGGGUCUUCUUGGUCCACACACACACACACAGCACUGAAACCACUGUAAUUGAACAGAAAGAGAAACUGAGGCUAAAACAGAUCCCUCCUUCUCCUGGAAAUCACCAAGUUGUGGCCACACCUGUCCUCACCACUGUCACCACUCAGGACACCACUGUACAGUGCAAAGAGUCAGGAGACCUGGGUUUUAGUGCCGACACCGUCACUGACUCGCUCUACGACUUGUUCACAUCCCAGAGGAGUGAUGCUCAUCAAGUUUCAUCACUUCUCUGGGCCUCAGUUUCCUCAUCUGUAAAAAACGACACUUAGCAAACCAGCUAUGCUCAAUAAAUGUUAAAUAAUUAAAA